AUCCGGUUCAAUUGGAGAUGAUAUCGAGCUUCAUAGUUACAAUGUUUUUUUAUAAGAAGACAUGAGUGAGAAACGUAGAAUCAAGUCUGUGGCUGUUGUUGGCGCAGGCGCUGCAGGGGCUAUCUCGGCGGCGGCGUUGAAAGCCGAAAACUACUUUGAACGGAUUUGGGUAUUCGAGAGGCGGGAGACACCUGGGGGAACAUGGAUCUACGACUCGGACCCGGAGCCUGCAUUAGAGGUGCAUCCGGGAAAGUUACCUCCCGAGGUCGAUCCGCCGCUGGAGAUCCCGAAGGACCUCCCGCAGACCACACCGCCUAACCAGCAAGAGCGGUUCUCAAAGACGCCCAUCUACAACUCGUUAACAACAAACGUCCCCGACGUCGCCAUGUGCUUCUCCGACCGGCGGUUCGCGUACGGCCCGUUCCCGCCGCACCACGUGCCGAAGCAGUACGUCGAGAGCUACUUCUCGGCGCACCGGACAGACUCGCUGCUCAGCCUGAACACUACCGUCGAGGACGUCACUAAGCUGAGACCGGAUCCGGAAGACGUCCUCGGCCUCGAGAGGUGGAAAUUGACCCUCCGGAGGUACGACCCGGCUCGCCGCGUCGACGUCUGGUGGGAGGAGGAGUUCGACGCUGUGAUCCUCGCCAACGGGCAUUACUCGGUUCCCUACACCCCGCCCGUCAAGGGCCUCGAAGCCUACAUGCGCGCCUACCCGGGCCGCGUGUCGCACUCCAAGAGCUACCGCUCGCCGCUCGCCUUCGCGGGGAAGCGCGUGCUCGUCGUCGGCAACUCCGCCUCCGGCCACGACCUGACGGCCGAGCUCGCCGCCCCGGGCUCCGGCGUCCGCCUCCCCGUCUUCCAGUCCCGCCGCUCCAAGUCCCGCUGGGACGGCCCCCACCCGCCCCCGGGCAUAGUCUGGAAGCCUGUGAUUAGCGAGUUCGAUCCAGCUGUUCCUUCUUCUUCUUCGGACGGGGAUGAUGGCAGUAGUAGUAGGAGUGGUGGUGGUGGUGGUGGGAGUAUCUUGUUUGCAGAUGGGACCAGGCUCGAGGACGUAGACGCCGUGAUCUACGCGACGGGGUACAAGCCUUCUUUUCCGUUCUGGAACGCGGCUGAGAACGGCAAUAGCGACGACGACGACGACGGUAGUAAUGUGUCUGCUACGCCGCUGUGGGAUUACCACCAGGACAAGCUCGCGGGGAACUACUGGCACACGUUUUUCCGGGCGCACCCGACGCUGGGGAUCGUGGGGAUCCCGCGCGCGCUCACGUUCCGCAGCUUCGAGUACCAGGCGGUAGCGCUGGCGCGGGUGUUCUCGGGGCGGAACGCCGCGGCGCUCCCGUCGGGAGAGGAGCAGGCGCGCUGGGAGCGGGAGAGGCUGGAGGUCACGCGGCGGGAGGGCAGGAGGUUCCACGAUAUCAACUGGGAGAAUGGGGAGACGGCCGAGUGGUUCGAGGGCUUGUUCCGCAUCGCGGGGCUGAGCACGCUGAAGGGCGAGGGCAGGAUACCGCCGCCGCUGACGGAGGAGGUCGUCUGGGCUGUUGAGCAUUUGAGGAAGUAUCCGGAGCCGGAGCCGGGGAAGGGGAAGGAUGGGGAUGGAGAUGGAGAUAAGGAUAAAGGGAGAGAUAAGGCAGGAGAGGAGACUGGUACAGUUGUAGAGGUUAAAAGUGCACAGAUGAAUACUCAGGAUGAUGGUUGGGUGUUGGUCAGCAGGCGGCAUAAAGAUUUACUAGGAUUCCUGUAGAUAAAACUGACGAGUUUGGGAAACUGGGUACAUACGUGGUUCGCCGGGGUUAUGAGGUUAUAUUAGGUAUGUUAGCAGAACUGUCACCGUAAGAUUGGGAUAAAGAUACUUGAUAUUAGA